AGAUGGGGGCGAUGGCGCGGCGCACGCUGCUCUUGCUGCUGGCGACCGCCCUGGCUCGGACCCAGACCCCCGCGGGCUCACACUCGAUGCGGUAUUUCUCCACUGCCAUGGCCCGGCCCGGCCCCGGGAAGCCCCGGUACAUGGAAGCCGGCUACGUGGACGACACGCAGUUCGUGCGCUUCGACAGCGACGCGGAGAAUCCGAGGAUGGAGCCGCGGGCGCCGUGGAUGGAGCAGGAGGGGCCGGAGUAUUGGGAGCUACAGACAAAAGUCGCAAAGGGCCAUGAGAAGAGUUUCCAAGUGAAUCUAAGGACCCUGCUUGGCUACUACAACCAGAGCAAGGGUGGCUCUCACACGUUCCAGUGGAUGUAUGGCUGUGACGUGGGGUCGGACGGGAGCCUCCUCCGCGGGUACUGGCAGUAUGCCUACGACGGCCGCGAUUAUAUCGCCAAGAACGAUGACCUGAAAACAUGGACGGCGGCGGACCCGGCGGCGCUCAUCACCCAACGCAAGUGGGAGCAGGCUGAUGAGGCAGAGCAUUACAAGGCCUACGUGGAAAGCACCUGCGUGGAGUGGCUCCACAGAUACCUGGAGCUCAGGAAGGAGACGCUGCUGCGCACAGACCACCCAAAGACAAAAGUGACCCAUCAUCCCAGACCUGAUGGUGAUGUCACCCUGAGGUGCUGGGCCCUGGACUUCUACCCUGCUGACAUCACCCUGACCUGGCAGAAGGAUCGAGAGGACCUGACCCAAGACAUGGAGCUUGUGGAGACCAGGCCUGCAGGGGAUGGGACCUUCCAGAAGUGGGCAGCUGUGGUGGUGCCUUCUGGAGAGGAGCAGAGAUACACAUGCCAUGUGGACCAUCAGGGACUGCCUGAGCCCCUCAUCCUGAGAUGGGAACCUCCUCAGUCCAUCAUCUUCAUUAGAACCAUUGUUGGUGCUGUCCUUGGAGCUGGGGCCAUCUUAGGUUUUAUCAUUGGUAGUAUUAUGAGGUGGAUGAUGAAGUGGAAGAAAGGUGGAAACAGCGGUUAUGCUCCUGCUGCAGGUCAGUCUGUGAGGGGACAAUUGUCCCUGAGGCACUUGGGGUACAAGCUGAGCUGAAGAUCAGCUGUCAACCUCCUGACUGUGCCUCCUUAUUUCUUGUACUGCAGACAGCCACAGUUCCCAGACCUCUGACUUGUCUCUGGAGACUUGAAAAGGUGACACUUGGGGCCUUGAGAUUGGAGCUGAGGCAAACUGGAGAAGAUUGGGUGCCUGGGCCUCUCAGAUUUAGGCCUGUGAAUGAGAGGUGGGCCUUGGAGAUGUUUAAAUAUUGACUGUGCUGACUCUUGUCCUUCAUCUUGGGACAGCUGCCUCCUGGGACCAAGUGACAAGAUCUGACUACUAAACAGUGAAAUCACUUUGGGGAGCCAUGUCUGGGUCUUUGAGCUUUUCCUGUGCACACAAUGGGAAGACCUGGAGACUCCAGACCAACACGGUACACAAGGACUCUGUGCCCGCACUGCCUGUCAUCCCUUUCCCAGCCAACCUUCCUGGUCUAACGGGUACUUGGGGACAUCUGCAUCCUGUCAGCUCCAUGAACUGCAGCUCCUCACUUCCACACUGAACAUAGAAUCUGAAUGAGAACUUCAGGUAAAUUAAGGAACUGAGAAUACUCAGAGUGCUGUGGAGGAAAUAAAUGGCAGCAUGGAGAACCUCCCAGAAUCUUUUUCCUGUGCUGAGCAUCAGGUGGGACAGGAUUACUCUGUGGGGUCUUCUGUGACAAUGGGGCCCAGGGAGUCCUUGUGGGAAGCUGUGAAUGUAACACCUGGGGUUUUCUGGAGAACCCAAGAUAUGGGAGAUGCCUGUCUUCAUGUAUUGCCAAGGAAAACUACCAGCAGGUGGCAGCCUGCCUGAGGGAGAGAAGUGCAUUGCAUACAACUCAGCUGACAGGACUUGGAGAUCUAGAGAGAGCUUUGGCAUCAGACAUGGAGAUGCAGGUUACAGAUUGCCUGGUUUUUAGUUUUCCAUCCAGUAUUUCUUCAUUUUGCCCCUUUUCCUUGUAAAACACAAAUGUACAUCUUGGGCAACUGUGUGGUAGAAGUAUGUGUCCUACAUCUUGAUUUUCUUCCUAGAAAGGUUGCAAUUAGGAGAUUGUCUUGAGUCUCAGAAGAGUCUCUGACUUUGGACUUUUAAAGUGUUGAGACUGACAGGCUAUGGAGAAUUUCCAAGUUAGACUGAAUACAUUUUGCAUUAUGAUAAGGCUACAAGACAAAGGGGUCAGGUAGUGGAAAAUGGUAGUUUGAAUGAAAAUGGCCCCCAUUGGCCCAUAGAAUUCAGUGCUUGGUCAUUAAGGAGAGGCACUAUUUAAAUGGAUUAGGAGGCGUGCUCCAAAAACCAGGCCAGCCCAGGGGCUCUCUUCCUGCUGCCUGAGGAACCAGAUGUGGAAUUCCCAGCUACCUCUUUGGCACCUUGGCUGCCUGCAUGCCAACAUCCUUCCCAUGUAAUUAGAAUGAACCAAACCUCUGAAAGUGUAAAGCAGCCCCAUGGAAUGCUUUCUUCUAUGCCAUUGUCAUCCUUUCUCUUCCCAGCAACAGAACAAUGACUAAGAUACAUG